CAGCCCUGUUUAUUGACCUGAAACGAAACUCAAGAUUAGUUAAAAAACUACCUACACAUCAUUUUUAAAAAUCAGUGGUGUCCUAACUACAAAGGAAAUUGACAAUGGAAUAAAAUGUCUGUUUGCCAGUUCCGGGCACAGUAUGCUAGUCAGGCAGCAGAGCUGGGGACCCAUGACCAGCUAGCCAUGGAACCAUUUGGCUCCAGCCACCAGCCCCUUAGGUGAGGACUCCACCUGGGGCCUAUUGCCCAUUCCAAACCAUGGAGGUGAAGAGAGCACUUGCAGCCAAGGGAACAGUUCUUUGAAAACCGUGGUGCAGCUCUGCCAGCUCUUCCCGUGGACCAUCUUCCAGAGAGGUGCUUCUUCCUGUUGGCCCAGGAACUGGGGUGCUACACCUCCACGGAUGGGGAGGUGGGCCCUCGACCUGGCCUUUGUGUGGAAGGCGCUGUUGACGCUGGGCCUGGUUCUUCUCUACUACUGCUUCUCCAUUGGCAUCACUUUCUACAACAAAUGGCUGACGAAGAGCUUCCACUUCCCCCUCUUCAUGACCAUGCUGCACCUGGCCGUGAUCUUCCUCUUCUCUGCCCUGUCCAGGGCACUGGUUCAGUGCUCUAGCCACAGGGCCCGUGUGGUGCUGAGCUGGACCGACUACCUCAGGAGAGUGGCUCCUACAGCACUGGCAACAGCACUUGAUGUGGGCUUAUCCAACUGGAGCUUCCUCUACAUCACCGUCUCACUGUACACAAUGACCAAAUCCUCUGCUGUGCUCUUCAUCCUGAUUUUCUCUCUGAUCUUCAAGCUGGAGGAGUUGCGUGCUGCCCUGGUCCUGGUGGUCCUCCUCAUCGCUGGGGGCCUCUUCAUGUUCACGUACAAGUCUACACAGUUCAACAUGGAGGGCUUCUUCUUGGUGCUGGGGGCCUCGUUCAUUGGUGGCAUCCGCUGGACCCUCACCCAGAUGUUGCUGCAGAAGGCUGAGCUGGGCCUCCAGAACCCCAUUGACACCAUGUUCCACCUGCAACCACUCAUGUUUCUGGGUCUCUUCCCUCUCUUUGCUGUAUUUGAAGGUCUCCAUUUGUCCACCUCUGAGAAAAUCUUCCGUUUCCAGGACACCGGGCCGCUCCUGCGGGUGCUUGGGAGUCUCUUCCUUGGUGGGAUUCUCGCCUUUGGUUUGGGCUUUUCUGAGUUCCUCCUGGUCUCCAGAACGUCUAGCCUCACCCUCUCCAUUGCGGGCAUUUUUAAGGAGGUUUGCACCCUGCUCUUGGCAGCUCACCUGCUGGGUGAUCAGAUCAGCCUUCUGAACUGGCUGGGCUUUGUCCUCUGUCUCUUGGGCAUCUCUCUGCACGUUGUCCUCAAAGCCCUUCAUUCUAGAGGUGGUGGUGACCCUAAGACCCAGAAAGACCUGGGCUCAAACACGGACCUGGAGCUGCUGCUCCGGAGCAACCAGCAGGAGGAUGAGGACAAUGAAGAAGAGGACGGUUUCGUGGCCCUAGGGCAACAGUGACCAGAAGCAUCAAAAGCAGCCAGUGCUGCAGGGACUGGGGACCCAGGUGGUUCCUCACAUCAGCUGUAAAUGGUAGCUGGGGGUGGGGGGCUGUGUGGGGCUGGUCACAGGGGUAGGACCCUGGGAAGAGGCACUAGUCAGGGGCCUUUGGCUUCUGCCCUUCCCCCUAGAGUGAGCACCAGGCUCAGCUGGAACCUGACUAGAGCUGGCCCUCUGUUGAAGUCUAGCAGCAGAGGGAAUGGAUGGCAUCUUCUCCACUCUUGGUCUGGCUCUGGGAGCCACGAGGAACUUCAGAGGUGUGGUAGCCUUCCUAGAUGACUGACUUUGGUCCACAGGGCAUUUGGGAAAGGGUGAUGGACAGGCUGGACCUCAUCUGGACAGUAGCUUCCUCAGAAAGCAAAUUGAUUUAUAAUUGGGAAAUCAGUGGUUUCCUGCUCCGUUGGCCCUAAUGUUUGUUGCCUACAGUGUGAGAGCUAAGAGAACUGGGGGGACCUGGCCUCUGCCCCUUUCCCGCCUGAGGCGUGGUUAGGUCUGGUGGGCCCUCCGUCUGGCCUCCUGCCUCACUCCUACCCCGUUGGAGUCCCAAAGUCCUCUCCUUGGGCCCUCCCACACCUACAGCAGAAAAUAAAUGAAAUUUUCUCAGUA